CACACAAGAAUCUUAACUGCUCUGCCAGGUGCAUGGGACUUAAAUUCUUGAAGCACUGAAUUGUUAAAGGUAAACUAUGACCACUUUGCUACUAGUAUUUGUGAGUUUGCGCGUCAUCACCGCAGCUGUCUCUGUGGAAGUCUUAGAUCAUGGAGCCACACUGAGUGUGAGCAUACCUUUACGCUCCCCCUUGCACGUCCCCCUGGGCCACACUCUGACGAUCCCCUGUUACUACAUCGACACGUUGGAGCACGUCACCACGUCUCCUUCUACCGCCCCUCUGUCCCCGAGAAUCAAAUGGAGCCGGCUCUCAGAAGGAAAAAAAGUCGUCUUGCUGGUGGCCCUUGAUGGGCACGUCAGGAUCAACACCGCCUACCAAGGGGUGGUUUCUCUGCCCAACUACCCUGCCAUACCUACCGAUGCCACCCUGGAAAUCAAGGCUCUUCGAUCCAAUGAUACCGGGACCUAUCGCUGUGAAGUGAUUCAUGGCAUUGAGGACAGCCAGGAUACAGUAGAGGUGAAGGUGAAAGGCAUCGUGUUCCAUUACAGAGCCAUCUCGACCCGGUACACUUUGGACUUCCACAAGGCCAAACAAGCGUGCGUCCAGAACAGCGCUGUCAUUGCGACCCCCGAGCAGUUGCAGGCUGCCUACGACGACGGCUUUGACCAGUGCGAUGCUGGUUGGUUGGCAGAUCAGACUGUCAGGUAUCCAAUGCACCAUCCCCGAGAAGGCUGUUACGGAGACAAGGAUGAAUUUCCUGGUGUGAGGACCUAUGGCAUUCGGGAAACAGAUGAGACCUACGAUGUGUAUUGUUACGCAGAGGAAAUGGAAGGUAAAGUCUUCUAUGCCACCUCCCCAGAGAAGUUCACUUUCCCAGAAGCAGCAGAGAAAUGCCACCGCCUUGGUGCCCGUUUGGCAACUACAGGAGAACUGUACCUGGCCUGGAAAGAUGGCAUGGAUGUUUGCAGCGCCGGCUGGCUGGCAGACCGCAGCGUUCGGUACCCCAUCUCCAAGGCACGCCCCAACUGCGGUGGCAACCUGCUGGGGGUGCGAACGGUGUACCUCUACGAUAACCAGACAGGGUAUCCUCACCCCCAUUCCCGCUACGAUGCCAUCUGCUACACUGGUGAUGAUUUUGACACCGUUGUCCAUGAGAACUUAACUGAUGAGAAAAUCGGCGAAUUGGGCAGCGGAUUCACCAUCCAGACUGUCACCCAGACAGAUGUAGAGCUGUACUUCCCACGCAACAUCACAGAGGAGGAAGCCCGGGGCAGCGUUGCCACGUUGGAGCCGAUCGACUUUACAGCCGCCGCUUCGGAGCUCGAUGAGGGCUUCACGGCGACUCCGGAUCUCUCUGCUACUGACGUCCCCGACGAGGCCGAGAACAGGACUGAGGUGGGGAUUUGGGAGAGUCUAGAAAAUGCCACCGUCUCAAUCCUGGACGCUCUUUUCACCACUGAUACCCCAGAGGUGAGCUCGGAAGAGGUGACCUCUUCAGAGGUGAGCUCGGAAGAGACUUUGUGGGCCACGGCGACGCCAGAACUGGAGUCUGCCUCUCCGUUUACAGUAGAGGAUCAGAUUGUGCCAGGGACGGCUGCACCUGAUGUUGGACACAUCCCCAGGCAGCCCAUGUCGUCCACAGGUACUGUCUUUCAUUACCGACCGUCCACUGAUAGAUAUUCCCUAACCUUUGUCAAAGCCCAACAAGCUUGCCUGGAUAAUAACGCUGUUAUUGCCACUCCCGAACAACUGCAGGCUGCCUACGAAGAGGGAUACGAUCAGUGUGAUGCCGGCUGGCUGAGGGACCAGACAGUCAGAUACCCCAUUGUCUUUCCACGGAGCAAAUGUGAAGGAGACAAGGAGGAUGUCCCAGGGGUGCGGACAUAUGGUAUGCGCCCAGCAUCAGAGAUGUACGACGUAUACUGCUAUGUUGACAGACUAAACGGUGAGGUCUUUUUUGCAACGCAACCAGAACAAUUCACCUUACUGGAAGCCCAAGAAUACUGUGAGAGCCAGAACGCUACCCUGGCUUCGACUGGACAACUCUAUGCUGCCUGGAAGUUGGGUCUAGACAACUGCCGUGCCGGCUGGCUGGCUGAUGGCAGCCUCCGAUACCCAAUCCUGCACCCACGCCCUGCUUGCGGGGGGGACAAACCCGGUGUGAGAACCAACUAUUUGCACCCAAAUCAGACAGGAUUCCCAGAUCCACAGUCGAAGCACCAUGCCUUUUGCUUCAGAGCUCUGCCAUCUCUGUAUGAGGACGUCGAGGAGGAUCUAAUUGCCACCCAAGUGGUCCCUGGGGUUGAGGAGGUCCCUUCUGGAGAAGAGACGACAGUGGAAAUGGAGUUUGCCACUGAUUCUGAAAAUCAGACCGAGUGGGGAAUGGAGGUGUUUCCAACAAACAUAUCAUUGAUACAUGUGAGUCCAUCAGUUGUUUCUCCCGUUGACGUGGAUGAAACAAGUGCCGAAGCUCCCAUCACGGAGACCUCUGCUUCUGGGUGGACUUCGGGAGCUCCAGUUAUCAGUGGGAUGUACGAACCCAGCGGAGAACCCCCUGUUUUUACAGAGAGUGGAUUUCCUUCUGGAGCCCCAGAUUUCAGUGGGCUCCUUUCUGGAGAAAGCGGGCUACCAUCAGGAGACGCGAGUGGCCUGCCUUCUGGCAUUAUUGAAGUCAGCAUCUUACCUUCUGGAGAUGAAGAAUUAUCCGGGAUUGGUUCUGGAAUCCUGGACCACAGGGAAAUAAUCCCUGGACUUCAAGAAGGCAAAGGGAUUCCAGAAAUUAGUGGGCUGCCUUCUGGAUUUAGUGGAGAGGGUUCCGGCAUGGACCUUUUCAGUGGCUUACCAUCUGGAGAGUUUGAUUACAGUGGUCUCACGUCUGGAUUUCCAACGGUGUCUCUUGUGAAUGCCACUUUGGUAGAAGUGGUAACCACAGAGGCAGAAAAGGAAAUGGAAGGGAAAGGAACAAUUGUGCUUGGCCGCGAAGGAGACUUAUCAGGUUUGCCCUCCACUGAGUGGGACAUUAGUGGGGUAAUCAGUGGGUUACCCUCAGGAGAUGACAUCAGUGGAAUACCUGAUAUCAGCGGGUUUUCCUCAGGACUUGAUGUCAGUGGAGAACUGUCUGGGAUACCUGAUAUAAGUGGAUUACCAUCGGGACUUGAUGCUGAUGGACAACCAUCUGGUCUACCAGAUAUCAGCGGACUAUCCUCAGGAAUUGACCUCAGUAGAGUCCCAUUUGGGAUACCUGAUGUAAGCGGCUUUGUAGACUUAAGUGGCCUGGGUUCAGGUGUCGAUGGAAGCGGUGAACCUUCUGGGGUUACCUUCAUCGGCGCCGAUUUGUUUGAAGUGACAACAACCCCUUCCACGACGGCAGAAGAAGGGAAAGGGUUUGUGGAAAUAAGUGGCUUGCCUUCAGGAGAUGAGGAAUCUGGCACGCUGUCUGGAAUGUUGGACAUAAGUGGUCAGACCUCUGGCCAAAUAGACUUCAGUGGAUGGACCGUAGGUACUCCUGAAGUCAGUGGACUUCCCAGUGGGCUAAUGGACAUCAGUGGAGAAAGUUCUGGUGUUGGUCUCCCGAGUGGCUUGCCAUCUGGAGUUUUUGAUUAUAGUGGGCUUCCAUCUGGGUUUCCUACCAUCUCUCUUGUGGAUACAACUUUGGUGGAAGUUGCAACGCAGCCCUCUGUUGCACAGGAAGCAGGAGAAGGAACAUCUGGAAUAUUAGAAUUCAGUGGGUUUCCUUCUGGGGAAGCCUCCGGGGAACCGUAUGAUGUGACAACUGUGAGUGGACUGCCAUCAGGGGCAGUAGACGUCAGUGGGGCGUCAUCGGGGAUUCCAUAUUUUAGUGGAGAAAUUGCUGGUGUCACUGACCUAAGUGGAGAACCCUCCGCUACAUCUGGGACCAGUGGUGAAACUUAUGGAAUUCCAGAAGUUACCUUAGUAACUUCUGAUUUAGUCGAGGCUGUGACAGAACCAACAGUUUCACAGGAACUGGCUGGUAGAAGAGACGCGAUGCAUCCCCAUUUUUCUGAACCAAGUGGGGAAGAUUCCACAUCUAGUGGAGAGACUUCCGCAUCUCCCGAAAGUACCAUUAAAACCCCUGAAUAUCAUGACAUUAUUGGCGAAACAUCCACAUUUCAUGAAGGUAGUGUAGAAACGUCUACUAUUCAUGAAAUUAGUGGAGAAGCAUCAGCAUUGCCUGAAAGCUAUCCAGAAACAUCCACCUUUUUUGAAACAGGUAGUGAAACAUCUGUGUUACCUGAAAGCCACCCAGAAACAUCUGGGGUACCUUUUGUCAGUGGCUUGCCUUCAGGGCAAUACGAUGAAAGAAGCCAGAUUCACGGGGAUAGUUCGGGGCCACCCCCUCACCCCAUCUCAGAUGGUCCGGAGGAAACCUUUGUGCCGGACAUUCAGCUCAGCACCAGUGAUCCAGAUUCCGCACCCCCGGAGCAUGCCAAGAGUCCAGAAGGGACCCAAGUCGAAACAGAGGCUUAUACACAUAUACUGUCUGAAACAGAAGGUGCUGCUGCUCCAGAGUUUCCAUUCACUACUCCUACUGCUACAGAAGUCCUGCCUGAAGUAUCACCGGUGAUCGACCCUUGAUUUCUUGCAGACAUUGAUGAAUGCCACUCCAGCCCCUGUCUGAAUGGAGCUACCUGCGUCGAUGGCAUCCACACUUUCAAAUGCUUAUGCCUUCCCAGCUACGGAGGGGACCUCUGUGACAUCGAUCUGGAGGAUUGUGACAUGGGCUGGACGAAAUUCCAAGGCAACUGCUACAAAUAUUUUGAAGAGAGACACACGUGGGUGGAUGCCGAAAACCUGUGCCGGGAACACCAGUCCCAUCUGAGCAGCAUCAUCACUCCAGAGGAACAAGAGUUUGUGAACAACAAUGCACAGGACUACCAAUGGAUUGGCCUCAGCGAUCGGGCUGUCGAACAUGACUUCCGGUGGUCUGAUGGGCACUCCCUGCAAUAUGAGAACUGGCGUCCCAACCAGCCCGAUAACUUCUUUGCCACAGGAGAAGAUUGCGUGGUAAUGAUCUGGCACGAGAAAGGCGAGUGGAACGACGUGCCCUGCAACUAUCACCUCCCGUUCACCUGCAAGAAAGGAACAGUUGCCUGCAGCAAUCCACCCGUGGUAGAGAACGCUCGGCACUUCGGCAAGAAGAAGGACCGCUACGAGAUCAACUCCAUGGUCCGGUACCAGUGCAGCCAGGGCUACCUACAGCGCCACGUGCCCACGAUUCGGUGUCAGCCCAAUGGACAAUGGGAAGAGCCACGGAUAGCCUGUAUAGAUCCCUCCACCUACAAGCGCAGACUACACAAGAGAAGCCCCCGGUCUCGGUCGAGGACCAAUCGAGGAACGGCACAGCGAACCGCCCAUUAA